AUGACCGACAUGAAGAAGGAUGACCUUGAAGGUCUUGACCAGGAUUUUCAGAAUGUGCCUGUAAUGGCCCAUGAUGAUGUCUUUGGAGAAAUUACAGAGGGUGGUCCCAACUAUCGCAACGUAGGAUGGGCCGGAACAGUGGUUCUCAUGAUGAAGACUCAGAUUGGUCUCGGUGUGCUGUCCAUCCCUAGCGCUUUCGACACAUUAGGCCUCGUCCCUGGCGUGAUAUGUCUGCUCGCGGUUGCUGUCAUCACUACUUGGUCCGACUAUAUGGUUGGCGCUUUCAAACUGAAGCAUCGUGAAGUCUAUAGCAUUGAUGAUGCUGGUGGCUUGAUGUUCGGUCCGAUCGGUCGUGAAAUUUUUGGCUUUGUAUUCUGUCUAUAUUGGAUUUUUGUCGCCGGCUCCGGAAUGCUCGGUCUUUCAAUCGCUCUGAAUUCAGUCUCGACUCAUGCAACCUGUACUGCCGUCUUUGUCGCCAUCUCAGCCAUCACAGGAAUUGGAUUCGCCAGUAUUCGCACACUCGGCCGUAUCAGUUGGCUCGCUUGGAUUGGCCUCAUCGCCAUCAUAACAGCAAUUAUGAUCGUCACCAUCGCCGUCGGCGUCCAGGACCGUCCGGCUUCCGCCCCUCAAGAAGGGCACUGGCAAUCCGACUACAAAAUCAUCGCCAACCCAACAUUCGCCGAAGCUGUCUCCGCCAUUUCUUCAAUGAUUUUCGCCUAUGCUGGCACACCCGCCUUUUUCUCUGUCGUAUCCGAGAUGCGUGAGCCCCGCUACUAUACCCGCUCUAUGAUCAUUUGCCAGAGCACCGUGACAGCCAUCUACAUCACCAUCGGCAUUGUGGUGUACUACUACUGCGGCUCAUACGUCGCCUCGCCAGCUCUUGGUUCGGCAGGCUCAACCGUGAAGAAGGUCAGCUAUGGGUUUGCCAUUCCCGGUCUAUUGGUUUCGACGAUGCUUUUCGUCCAUCUCCCCGGAAAAUACAUCUUCGUCCGCGCCCUCCGCGGCUCAAAACACCUCACAUCCAACAGCAUCGUCCACUGGACCUCCUGGCUCGGCUGCGUAAGCGGCGUCGGAUUAAUCUCCUACAUCAUCGCCAGCGCCAUCCCCGUCUUCGACAGUCUCGUUUCGCUGAUUGGUGCUCUGCUCGGUACAUUCAUGUGCUUCCAGCCUAUGGGUUGUAUGUGGCUGUAUGAUAACUGGGCAAAGGGUAAGACGGAGAAAUCGCCCAGGUGGACUGCUAUGGCUUGUUGGAGUGUGUUUGUUAUUGCCAUUGGUUCGUUUAUGAUGGUUUCUGGUACUUAUGGCUCUGUUGUUAGCAUUAUCGAUAGCUAUAAUGCUUCGGGGGGAUCGAGUGCUUGGUCUUGUGCCGACAAUUCGAAUUCUACUUAG